GUUAAUGUUUAACUGUACAUUGUGAAGUAUUAUGUUCGGAACUUAGCAAUAAGUUAAUGAAAGUGAACUAAGUUGGGAAGCAAUAUUAACGUAGUGAAGACGUGUCGUGUUAUAGCAAACCUCUGGACCACUAUCAAUCUCGGGCGUACCCAUGACAGUUAAAUUGACUCAUUAAGGAAAAUAAAAUAAACAAAAGGCUAAAUAUUGAGUCUUCGUAUUCAUUUGUAUUUAAAUGUUUGCUAUUGAGUGACGUGUUUUGAGUUGUGUUGUUUGAAAUGGGUGAAUCUUCAAUGUGGGGUGUUGAGAAUGCUAGUGGAAUACCUGGACUGCAUUCGUACGAGUCUGAUGCAGCGCUGGCAGCUGUGGAAUUGUUCGAGGGCUACGACCAGCCUUUGCUGCGCUUCGCUUACAUCAGCUGCAUGUUGUUCAUGCUCAUCGGAAUUCCUGGGAACCUCAUCACUAUCAUUGCACUGGCUAGGUGCAAGAAGGUCCGCAAUGCAACUGCCUUCUUCAUCAUUAACUUGUCCUGCUCCGACCUGCUGUUCAGCUGCUUUAUCCUGCCGUUGGCUGCUUCCACGUUCUACAACAGAUCCUGGGCACAUGGCAAGGUCCUCUGCUACAUGUUUCCGUUCGCCAGAUACGCAUUGGUGGCAGUCUCACUAUUCACCGUUCUGGCCAUCACAAUCAACAGAUACGUGAUGAUUUCUCAUCCCCGGCUCUAUCCCAAAUUAUACACAACCAGAAAUAUCUGCUUGAUAACGGCAGGCAUUUGGAUAUUCUCGUUCAGUGCACUGCUACCAACGUGUUUCGAAAUUUGGGGCGAAUUCAGCUUGGAUCCCAUUACUGGUUCUUGCACCAUCGUCCCAGAUGACAACCAUCAUUCACCAAAGAAGUUUCUCUUCAUUAUAGCCUUCAUCCUCCCGAGUCUGGCAAUCAUUUUAUGUUAUGCCAGAAUACUGUGGAUUGUCAGAAAAACCGCGAAGAAGUCACGGAACCCUCCCACGAAGAUGAAAGCUUUGAGCAUGAGUACCACGACUAUAGCUACAAGAUCUAUUGAUUUGGACAAACGCCUACCCAGGUACACGGUACCCACGUUUCCCAUGAACUGCUUCAUACACACCGCGGCCGAAAUAUCGAGUGAUAGCUCCACACCAUCGGACACAGAGAGACAAUCAGUCAGUCCCCAGGACAAUACACCACGAUUUGGGCAUGAUAAUAAGAACUUCCGUCGAAGCUUCAUAGCUACUAUGAGAUGGACCACGAUCCCUCCGAAGCCGCGUCUUCCGACGAAGAAAGACAAGAAGUUGCUGACUAUGAUAGUAGCUAUCAUGGUCUCUUUUUGCGUCUGUCACUUGCCUAUCACCCUUAUGAAGACAAUAUUCUUUGAGACGACGACGCACUCAGUAGCAAACGUGUUCGGGAAUAGAGUUGAAAAUGGGUUAUACGAAUGA